GUUGUUCUCUGGUAAAGGGAGCAGCUUCUGUGUUGUGCAACAUUCUUAUUUGUGCCUCAAAGCUCCUCCUGCAUCAACUACAUCCAGUUCAUAGUUCGCAUUCCUUGAGGUGAUUGUUGAGGAGGGUUUUCUGCAGGAGUCUCCCUCUGAGGUGGCCCCACAGCCCAUGACGUCGCUCCAAGUUGUGCAGUAGUGCUCGUGCUGUCUCACCUGCAGGGAAACACCGGAAGACGUGGAGAGAAACACGAGAAAGUUGAUCCUGUGAAGUUUCAGCAACAAUGCACUUUCGAAUGAAACAGAUCCUGCGCCUGAAUCAAUGCGUCACCUUCCAGCGUGAGAAGAAGAGCCUCGGGGGGAAACUGUGGAGUGUUUCAGCUGCACAACAACAAGGCGUGAGAGCAGCAGGAUCACAUGCAUCUGCAGACUUAAAGAAGUAUUACUCCUUGCAGAGCUGCAGAAACUAUGCAUCCGACUCUGUGUAUAAUCGAGCCUUCGCCUCAGCGAGGGAUAACCCCGAGACUUACUGGAGUGAGAUGGGACAAGAUAUUAACUGGUUUGAACCCUGGAGUAAAACUUUACACAUGGAGGAUCCAGUGUUUCCAAACUGGUUUGUUGGAGGAAAGUUGAAUAUGUGCUACAACGCUGUGGAUCGCCAUGUAGAGAGCGGCCGUGGAGAGCAACCUGCCAUCAUCUAUGACAGCCCAGUGACUGGAACUAAGCAGAUCAUCACUUUCAGGGAACUUCAGGAGCAGGUGUCCAGGUUAGCCGGAGUCUUAGUGAAGAACGGCGUUCAGAAGGGAGACCUGGUCGUCAUCUACAUGCCCAUGGUGCCUCAGGCCAUGUUCACCAUGCUGGCCUGUGCACGGAUCGGCGCCCCACACAGCCUCAUCUUCGGCGGCUUUGCCUCAAAAGAGCUUUCCGUCCGCAUCAAUCAUGCCAAGCCCAAACUGAUGGUUACAGCCUCUUUUGGCAUCGAGCCAGGCAGGAAAGUGGAGUACAUCCCUCUGGUGAAGAAGGCCUUGGAGCUGAGCUCUCACAGACCCUCCAAAGUCCUCAUCUACAACAGGCCCAACAUGGAGAAAGUAUCCCUGAGUCCAGAGCUGAGUCUGGACUGGGAUGAAGAGAUGGCUUCUGCUCAGCCUCACGACUGUGUCCCUGUUCCCUCUAACCACCCUCUCUACGUCCUCUACACGUCCGGCACCACAGGAACACCAAAGGGUGUUGUGCGAGACACUGCGGGCUACGCUGUGAUGCUGAAAUGGACCAUGUCAAAUAUUUAUGGACUCAGUCCUGGAGAUGUUUGGUGGGCAGCUUCAGACCUCGGGUGGGUGGUCGGACAUUCAUAUAUCUGCUACGGUCCUCUGCUCCAUGGAAACAGCACCAUUCUCUAUGAGGGGAAGCCUGUUGGGACUCCGGACGCCGGGGCCUUCUUCCGUGUCAUGUCUGAGCACGGAGUGUCGUCCAUGUUUACAGCACCAACUGCCAUCCGGGCCAUCCGCCAGCAGGACCCCGAUGCUGCAGCAGGGAAAAAACACCCACUGACCAGGUUGCGGUCGUUGUUCCUGGCAGGAGAGCGCUGCGACGUGGAGACUCUGGAGUGGGCAAAGAGGAGCUUUGGGGUUCCUGUCCUGGAUCACUGGUGGCAAACUGAAACCGGCUCAGCCAUCACCUCCUCCUGCAUCGGCUUGGGAAACUCGCUUGCACCCCCUGCUGGUCAGGCUGGGAAACCUGUUCCAGGAUACAAUGUUACAGUGAUCGAUGAUGACAUGCAGGAAGUAAAGCCAAGAACCCUGGGAAAUAUUGUGGUGAGGCUGCCUCUUCCACCUGGUGCGGCGCUGUCACUGUGGCAGAACCACGAUCUCUUCAAGGAGCUCUACUUCACCAAGUUCCCCGGUUACUACGACACCAUGGACGCCGGUUUCAUAGACGACGAUGGUUUCCUUUACAUCAUGUCCCGCUCUGAUGAUGUCAUCAACGUUGCGGGACACAGGCUGUCAGCCGGAGCGCUGGAGGAGUCGGUGCUGCUGCACCCUGCGGUGGGGGACUGCGCCGUGGUGGGUCUGGAGGACGCUCUGAAGGGUGUCGUCCCCUUGGCCUUGUGUGUGCUUAAGAAAGACGUCCAGAAAAAGGAAGAGGAGAUCAUAAAUGAGAUGGUGAAGCUGGUCAGAGACACCAUCGGACCCGUAGCCGCCUUCAGGAAAGUCCUCUUCGUCCGAGGUUUACCCAAGACCCGCUCUGGAAAGAUCCCUCGCUCCUCUCUGGCCAACCUGGUCAACGGCAAGCCCUACAAGAUCACUCCAACCAUCGAGGACCCAGAGGUGUUCAAAGACAUCGAGAGCCAGGUCGAAGAAGCUCUGAGACCCCGUGGAGCCUGAACUCAUCCGGUAGAUGACAGAGAGAGCAAAGGGUGGAGGAAUUAAAUCAGCUUCUUUCUGCAACUAUGA